UCUAUCGUAAGCGAAUGGAAGAGGUUUUCUCCGAGUCCUGUCAGCGGAGAUGGAAACUGAACAUCUUUUGGACGAUAGUCUAGAUUCAGUUGAGGCACCCAUGACGGUGAUCUACGACAACAACACAUCACCCAUGAGUGUCACAACUAGUGGUGGCAUUCGAAGUGGUGAUGGUGUCAGUGACAAUGAGGAGCCAGAGCCUAUGACCACGAUACUCCUCUCCCACUCCUCGGGCGGGGUGGGGGGAGGAGGAGGAGGGCGACGGAAAAAAGAAUCCACAGCUCACUACAACAAUGAGCGGGAGAUGUGCCUUCAAUUUUUUGAAAAAUGGAGUGAACAAGAUCAGUUAGAAUUUAUGGAGCAUUUAUUGUCUAGAAUGUGCCACUAUCAACAUGGACACAUUAAUGCCUUUCUAAAACCAAUGCUUCAAAGGGACUUUAUAACCCUUCUUCCAAAAAAAGGUUUAGACCAUGUAGCAGAAAAAAUAUUAGGUUAUUUAGAUGCCAAAUCACUACGGGAAGCAGAGUUAGUAUGUAAAGAAUGGCAUCGUGUAAUUGCUGACGGCCUCCUAUGGAAGAAACUAAUAGAAAGAAAAGUACGCACAGAUCCUCUAUGGAGAGGGCUGUCAGAAAGAAAGGGAUGGGGUAUGUAUCUGUUCAAGCCAAGGCCGGGAGAGCAGCAUCCAGGGCACUCUUAUUAUCGCAAGCUUUAUCCUAAGAUUAUCCAGGAUAUUCAAACUAUAGAAGCCAACUGGAGAAUGGGUAGACAUAAUUUACAAAGGAUAAAUUGCCGUUCAGAAAACUCUAAAGGUGUCUACUGCUUACAAUAUGAUGAUCAGAAAAUUGUAUCAGGCCUUCGAGACAACACAAUCAAAAUUUGGGACCGUACCUCACUCCAGUGUUACAAGGUACGAGGGGUGUUGACGGGGCACACGGGAUCAGUUCUAUGUUUGCAGUACGACGAGCGUGUAAUUAUCAGUGGGUCUUCAGAUUCAACAGUCAGAGUGUGGGAUGUCAAUACCGGAGACAUGGCCAAUACGCUUAUCCACCACUGCGAGGCGGUUCUUCACUUACGCUUCAACAAUGGAAUGAUGGUUACUUGUUCUAAGGAUAGAUCUAUUGCUGUUUGGGACAUGGUCUCCCCAACUGAAAUUAAUCUAAGACGUGUUCUGGUUGGUCACAGAGCAGCUGUAAAUGUUGUUGAUUUUGAUGAGAAAUAUAUUGUUAGUGCAUCUGGUGACAGAACGAUAAAGGUAUGGAGCACAGGGACGUGUGAAUUUGUUCGGACGCUAAAUGGACAUAAAAGAGGUAUUGCGUGUCUUCAGUAUCGAGAUAGACUAGUGGUCAGUGGUUCUUCUGAUAACACUAUAAGGUUAUGGGACAUAGAAUGUGGAGCGUGUUUGCGAAUACUUGAAGGACAUGAAGAACUGGUCCGCUGCAUUAGAUUCGACAACAAGAGGAUAGUGUCUGGCGCUUAUGAUGGGAAAAUCAAGGUAUGGGAUCUUCAAGCUGCCCUCGACCCGCGUGCUGCUGCCGGCACCCUCUGUCUGCGAACUUUAGUGGGGGAGCAUUCUGGACGAGUGUUCCGCUUGCAGUUUGACGAGUUCCAGAUAGUGUCGUCUUCUCACGAUGACACAAUACUCAUCUGGGAUUUCCUUAAUUGCUCCCCGCCAGAAUCUUCUGGGCCUCCUGGUGGGCGGGGCUGCUCACCCACAGUAGAAACAAGCUAAUGCAAUGGAGACAUAGUACAGAUAGCUUGAUUUGUGUUUCACUGAAAAAGUCUUCAGAUUGUUUGCUAUCCAUGGACAGGAGCUAAAGAGUUCCAUGUCUAGGGUACCUCUGCAGCUGCGACUAAGACUUGAGUGAUGGAAACUCAAGCACUACAAAAGAAACUUUAUAUACGAGUGCCAGUGUAUAAUGUUUGUCGUCGAGCACACCGACUUGUACACUAAAUGCACUGGAUUUGCAAGUGUCAAGCGCAAAUACGACACCUCUGCCCCCUGGCCCGUCCAUACUUCUGUGGUGUGAUAGGCAGACUAGAUCACAUUGGUGCAUAGCCAGACAAGAAUUAGUGUACCAAUUCAUGUAACACUUCUAGUGCCCUUUACCUUCACUGCAACUCAAAGCUUUAGUUAAAUCAUAACAGUGAAAUAAAUCUGAAUUUACGGUCUUAAUAUGACCUUUUGUGAGGAAACUAUAUCAAAUAUAUAUAAGGCCAUAUUGGGCUGCAGAAAACUGUUGGUGAACCUUGCCCAGUACAGUAUAAUGGGCAGUACUCGUUCCAGUACACAGCCUUCUGUUUCUGAUGAAUUGUCUCACUUGAUCCAUAGACCACAGGCAUUUGGUAAUAAAAAGAAAAUGGCAAACUCAUCAUUUCCGUAUUAUAAUUCUAGUGUAAUAUGUGUCUACAUUGGAUGUGUGUGUUGACUAAGAAAAAAGAAAUGCAAAAAAUGUAAUUGAUCUCAAAAGUUCUGCUCACCUAGUGAUGGUACUGCUGUAGCAGGAACAAAAUUAUUAAGAGAAUAAAUUUUUUAACUUUUGAGGGAGGUUUGUGCAGACAGUGUUAAGAGAAGGUCAUUAUUGGUGGUUGAUGACAGUGCAAACUCAUUGUUUGGCAAUUGGCAUUUUGUGCAAUAUUUCCAAUACACCAAGUCCUGCUCAUCAGGGAGGUUUUAAAUGCCAGUUGUGGUAAAAAAAUACUUAAAAGUUUAUGUUUCAAGAGAGCAUUUUUGGGCAUCAAAAUAUUGUGUACAUGGGUGAAACUUUACCAAAAAACAAAAAACAACAAAAAAAUACCAUGUCUUUAUUCAAUAGAAUAGAGCUUUCCAUUUCCAGAUUUAGGCAUUUUUAUAAAAAUGUAUUGAAAAGUGACCUGCAGAAUGCAGCCCAACACAUGGAAAUAUAUUCACAAAAGUCUUUUUCGUGUUUAUUACACAUUGCUGAUAAAACUUCUUUGGGUUAGUGAUAGACAAAAGACUCGAAGAUGUGACAUGGGGCAACUCCCAGUUUUUCUGACACCAAAUGCGAUCAGAGUCUGUUGCUUGCUUCUGAGCUUUGGGUCAUGUCCAACGCUGACAUUGUGUAUAUUUUAUUCUCAUUGCUAGGCUCUCACCCUCAUUUUUAUGGUGGAGAAUGCAUUAUUCACCCCAAUAUAUAUGUAUAUAUAUAAAUAUAUAUAUAUGGAGAGAGAGUAAGUGAGUGGAUGUGUGAAAGAAUGGGUGAGUGCAAAGAGUGGUGGUGUACAUGGGGCCAAUUUGGUUGUUGACAUCUUUCAUUCCGAUGCUUGCUGUUGUAUAUGGCAUUUGUCUUAAAGUAUCUUUUAUUGAUUUCAUUAAUUCACUUGAUAUGUUGAUUAUCAUCUUGGUGAAGUUUUUGCCAAAGGUCUGGAUAUAUAGUUGGUGUGAGUUUUUUUGCUGGGUGGCAACAGGCAGAAUGUUCCUAUGCAAACCUUUUUCUUCAAUUGAUUUUUUUUCCAUAUUCAUUACACAGUGCUGUUUACUGUAUCUCCACAGGUGAAGUUUAUUGGGAAGAUUUCAUUUUCACUUUUGGGAAUUUAUGAAAUUUUUUGUUAGUAUUAAGUCCAAUCAAUUUGACCAAUUGUUUGGCUGCACAUAAAGGCUUGCUUAAGUGUGUCCAGUGAAACUAUAUUUAUACAGAGGAACAGAUAUCUGUAUGUAAAAAGAAGUUAAUUAUUUUGGUGAUGUCCUUAGGGAUUGUGCAUGGAUCAUGAAUUGGCUCUCUAGUACAUUCAAGCAUGUAACUGUACAAGGAAACUCGAUUAUGUUUUCUCACUGUUUACCCAUUGAUCUUAAUUACCGUACAUAAAUCUCGGACAAACUAUCUCACAAGUCUAUCUUUCCCAGUGACUUUUAAAAAUUGAGCAAAUACAGUAUUCAGUUUUAUCAUUCCCAGUAGAGUAUAUUCCUCUUUCUGCUUAAAUUCUUGUGAAACUCAUUCCUUCACCUCAUUAAACACUACUUUUUGUGAUGCCAAAGGUGGACACUUUGAAUUGUUCUAUACAAUCCCUGUGUAUUUAAUUUGUUUUCAUUUCAUAUGUAUUAUCAAAAACAGCAGAUAAAACUGUAUCCGCAAAACCUCACACACACACCGACAGUAAGAGUCUUCGACAAAUAUGAAAAUCAUAAUUUUUUUAAUUUGAAAAAUUAUUCCAGUUUGUAACAUGAAUGCCUUGUAGGUGAGAGGAGAAGUAAUCUAAUUUUUGACUAAGACAUAAAGUAUUAUUCUUUCUGUCUUCUAAAACCAUACUCACCUGUCAACCAAAAUGAGUUCAAUGCCACUUUUUUCCUAUAUUUCAGAAAAUUCGUAAUGAAAUUCUCGUACAUGUACAUGAUAAUCCACUUUGGCAAUCAUAAUUAGUUUCCUAUAUUUGUUCUUGCAAGACCUUUUCUGCUAUUUGUACUCAGAAUCAAGUGCAGCUCAGCUUUUUUACUUCACUCAUCUAACAGUCUCAACAAAGCAUCAAGGUAUCUAUCUAUCUAGUUUACCUCUGUUACUUCAUGCUUCAUCCCAGCACCACAUGUAAAGCUUAAUUAUGUGUUCUUUAUAAGAAACCUGCUUGUACAUUAAGGAUUUUAUUCAUAGAUGUGUAUUUUUAUUAUUAUUAUUAUUUUAAUGUUACUUAGUUGUAGCUUGCUAAGAGGGAUUUAUUUUAAAUUAAAAUUUUGUUGAAGCUUUUAUUGCUGAACGUAUAUUGAUGUUAGUGUUUUUUGUUACGAGGGAUUUUUGUAUACAGUGUUACGGAUGUUUCACAAGGAAUCCACCCACCCACCUCAUCUUGGUGUGGCAGACGUACGCUUUAAACACAUGCAUUCACGGGUGUGUGACAAAUGGAUCCAAAGAUCUACAACUGGUAGGCAGUUGCACACCCCGAUUGGAAUAUAUUACCGACACGGGAUAAGCUCGCUAUUAAAUUUCAUCUGUCAUGAAUUGAAAUUAUCUCUAUCACUUUUGUAAUGCCGCACUUUGUUGCGGCUGUAGGAAAAUUUUUCAUAUACAGUUGGUUAUUAUGCUGGGGUACUUGUUUUGUUGUUAUAUGAAUAUAAUUACACUUUAUACAGUACUUUCUAAUUCACACACACAAGCACAAAUACACACAUUGUUUCUGUUGCAUAUGAGCGCCUGUAAGCUAAUGUUUAAUUUUCCCUUACUUUAUGAACUACGUGAUACAGAAACCAAAAUUAGUGGCUUUAUUAUGAAUAUUUGAAUAUAAAUCUUAUGUCGUAUUAAUGAAGAUGACCCGGUGCAUCUAAAAUUAAACUAAUAUUGACAAAAAAAAGUGCCAUGAAUGACUUUUGGGGGGACAUGCUUUAUUUAUGGAGAACUAAUUCGAUCCUUGGUAGCUAUAUAUGCAGUGAAUAGAAGCACCUGAGUAUCUCAAGUCUGUUGAAGAAAGCAGAAAUUAAAUCCCACAUCAGCAGAAUGAGGCUAGAUAUAAUUUUAAUUAUUAGAGAUGAAUUUAACAUUUUUGCCCCUCCUUAUUGAAGGGUGGUCCUUGCAAAACUUCCUCCAUGUGCCUGUACACAGAUUACAUUAGCUCUACACUUAUUUUUUUUUUUAAGGCAGGUGAAUUAUUUCGUAGAACAUUACUGUAUAUUCUUUUAUUGGAAAGUUCAGUGUAUGCCAUCUUCAAGCCUGAUAACUUGCAACAAAAUGCUGAUACUUGAGGGGCUUCUUUUCACAUCACCUGCAGGGUCUAUCAUGUAAUGGAAAGAUUGAUGAUGAAAGACAUGAAACUGUACUGUAUAUGUCUAAAGUUAUAACUCUUCAUUUUAAAUGAGUUAAAUGUUUAUUAAGGGUAAUUCUCUGCUGUAAGACUGCUGAAUGAAACUUUUUUAAUACUGCACUCAUGAAUAUUACAUAAACAAAUGCUUUAUAUGAAAACAUAUGUACAGUGCAGUACUUAGUACUGUAUCAUUUCCCAGUGAAAAGUGUGAAGACAUUCAAGGACUUGGUAUUUGUAUAAUGAUGAUAUCAGUGUGCUCACUUGCAUACAAUGGUGAAAUAAAAGGUUGGUGAAGAGAAGGGUAAUCCAUAACUCAGAAGAACUAUAUGAAUGUUUGCUUCAUUACAUGGAUAAAAGAAGCUUGUGUAUAGUGUAAAUGCUGUCACAACAGUAUGGAUGUGAAAUUGAGUAAGUCCAGUUUAAUUCUUUUUAAAUUGGAAGUGUGAGAAGAUGUGUCAGUAAUAUGCCAUGAAAAAUAAGUUGCAACUGUUGAACUAGACAGACAUUAACACCAGGCACUAAAAAAUUGGGUUUGAAUGAAGAAGUGAUAGCAAGAUAAAAGUGGGUGAGGUAUUGUAAAAGUUGACUGGAAGGGGAGAGUAAAAAACAUAUAGUAACUGCAUGUAAAUGUACAGAGUCAAAUGUUACGAGGAGAAGCAUUAACCGGUGGCACCCCUCCCUCCCUGAUAUGUAAAUUAACACAUUUAUAUUGGAUAUAUGUGCAGUAUAUGUAAUAUCACAGGUGUUAAAAGUCAUUAAGAGGAGUAACAACUUUAUGUAUAAAAGCAUCUCUAGAAAAUGUAACACCACCAUAAUUUUUAGGAUCCAGGGGUGAUAAGAGCUAUUUGGGAGGUGUAUUAUGCUCAUUUCAUGAUUUCAACAAUAUAAGUUUUGUAAUUAGCCUUUUCAAGAAGCUGGUGCCUCAGGUAGAAAUUUUGAUAAGCUGAAUCACACAUGGUCAAGGUUGUGGUGUAAAACAAUCAUGGUAUGAUUGUAACAUUGCACAAAUAUUUCUCUACAUGAAUUUUUUUUAAAGAUGGGGCAUCUGGAUAUUGUGAUGUGGUUUUCUUUCUUUUUUUUAACCAUAAUUUACCUCCAAUAAUUAAAUCCUCUCUCAUUGAUUUUUUCUAUGUCAGUAAUGUUAGUCAUAAUAGUCUUUAAGUUUGAUUUUAAUGAAAAUAUUCAAGCCAAUUAGUUUGUAUGUAGAAAAUGGAUCAUUGUCUGUUGUAGAAUUUUAAAGUGAUUUCCUCCUGGUGUGUUAUUGUAUAGACAUUUGUAUGUUGUGAUUAAUUUAGCAAUUUUUAGGCUCAUAUACUCAGUGUCAUGUUAAGAACUGUGUAUACUGUACAAGGAGUUGGGCAAUGCUCUAUGACACAUGCCUAAGGUUUAUGCUAUAGUGUGUUAACAUGACAAAAUAGCUGCUGCCUCCUUGCUGAAGUUGGGGAGAAUAUCUAUAUAUAAAGGAUGUUCAUUUUUAAUCCUUUGGGCUUUAUAUAUAAACUACAAACUUAGCAUAAAUCCUGUACAUAAGAAAAAAUAUAUAAUAUGCUAGCUGCCAUGAUUGUGGUGUGAGAGUUGUAGAUUUUUUUCUUUUUGGUUAUGAAUAUUUAGUUGAUCAUCUUUGAUUUUUUCUCACUCUCCUUGUUCUCUUGUAUAGUUUUCACAUUUGGUCAUUAUUGCAACAGUAAUGCUGACCUGAAUAUGAAUACUGAGCUUUAAUGUUUUAGUUGGCUGGCACUAUACUGUACGUUAAGUAACAGUUGCGGUGGUAUUAUUGUGUUAAACGGUUUAUUAUACAACUGACGAUGGCAGGACUUUUUAACCACGUUUUCAUCUGUGAUAUCCCUGUUGCUUCGUCUCAGCAUUAAUGGUCUUGGUAGCCUCCUCCCUUCAUUUGUAACUCAUUGGUCAUCAUUUUAAAGGAGUCUUUUGCCUUUACAUCACAUUUUAUACCACACACUGUUGCCUACAGCCCAGAAGUGAAUAAAUAAAAGAAAAUGGAGCAUUAGAAGGGAACAGAAGAAACUUUCACAGAUUCAUCCCCAAGUAUCUUUAAUUUUUCUUUUUUCUUUUAUUAUUCCAUUUUGUCUCCUAAGUUAUAUUUUCCCAUUCUCUUCCCCUAAAAACCAUUUCCUCUUAUUUUCCCUCACUUAGUGUAUACUUUUUGUUUACUUACUCAUAAUUAAUUUCUUUAAUGUACUUACCUGGUCUUGUAUUUAUAUUUUUCCUUGUAAUUGUAAAACAAGUGAUCUUAGCAUGCAACAGAGGCUAUAAUAUCCAUAUCAACAAUAUUUGCAGUUGAAUGACACGGCAGUACAUUACACCCCAUGGCGGAGCUAACAAAUAUGAUAUUUGUGGUACCUUGACCAUAACAUGAGAUGUGAAACAACCAAAGGCACUUUAUUUAUGAGACAACUGGAGUGAUGUAUGUUCUGUCUCAAGUUCGUGUCUUGUUAGAUUACUAAGGAGACUUUAUUUUCACAAAAUAUUGGCUUAUUAAUUUUGUUACAAAUAUGCACUGUCAUGUAGAUAACAGUUGUCAUUAAUGUGUUGGCCAUGCUACAGUUAGUAAACGGCUUAUGUGAUGUUAACGGGAAUCUCAUGACUGUGUAAUAUUUAACUGCUCAAUAUACCUUUGUUCCUUUUGUGUCGCCAUUGAUUUUGGAGUAGUGUGUCCCUUUUUUGAAAUAGUUUAGGUGUGUAAGUCAACUACAUGUGCACCCUUCCUUCCUGACUGACUGACUGAGAGAGAGAGAGAGAGAGAGAGAGAGAGAGAGAGAUAGAUAUACUGUACUUCCAUGCUCUUGGCCUGCCUGUGCCUAAAGACUCCAUAAUGCACACUUGGUUCAUAAAAGCCAUCCUAUUACUUUUUAUAAAUACAACUGAUGAGUAUUGUUACUCACCCUAAUUUUUUCAUAUACAUUUACAUUUUCAUAGUACUGUAUAUUUUUUUUGGUAAUUAUGAAUUUAUACGCUAUUGCCACACAUGCACUUUUUUAAUCCUGAUCUUGGAAGACUCAUUACAAAGUGGUGAAUAAUAGUUAAGAAUGUCGUGUUGUGAUUUGGGGCUUGUGAAUUAACAGAUGUUUUAGUGAGCUAGGAAAAGAGUGCUUGAAUUGAUUACAGUAAGGUGAGUUUGCCUUUAUUUUUGAUAGAAUUGAUUGCAGUGAUCUGUGUUCAUCUCAAAGCUACUGUACCAUCAAGUUUCCAAUCUACUUAUUCAGCUUCUGUGCCCAGAUGUAAAUACUGUAACUGCAUAAUGUUGACUUGGAAUCGGUGUAUUUAGCAGAAUUGUAGGUAAGCUGAUGUCUGUUGUGUAUUACAAGGUAGAUGAUUGUCUUGUGUAGGGUGUAGAGAGGUGAUUGUAAGAAUGCCAGGUAAAAAAAUUUUUUAAUGUGUAUUAAAUUGAUGCAGAAUGACUAAAAAAAUACAGCUCAGUGUUCCUGUGAGAAGUGCAAGGAAUAUUUUGGUGCCUCAGGAUGAAAGUGUUGUAAGUUCGUGGUAACUUCGUUGGUACAAUGUAUGAUAGAUUUACUUCAUUCUCCCAGUAAAUACACAAGCUACAUGAUUUGUGGGUAUUUUAGUGGCACCCCUAUGUGGUGGUAAAGCCUUAUCACAGACACCGUUAGACUUGUGGUUUUAGGGAUAUUUUUAUGUAGCGUUGUUACUUGAAUUUACUUGUAGUAGACACAUCCUUUGUUGGACCAGCUUAAAAAAAAAUCUAACAUAAUUUGGAAACAAGUCAGGCAUGGUCUCCUUGCCUUUGGAGCUUAAGGAAAUUGACUAAAACCAUCUGUAAAAUAUAUUUUAUUUUUUACAAGAACACACUACUGAGGUGACAUAAUCCAGUGAAAGUUUUUGUCAGUUUGCAGAAGCAUGAAAGCACAGGAGCAACAAUCUACUUGCCUUUUUCCUCUUUUUUUUUCUUAUUCAAUGCUGAUUCCAUUACCAAUGAGUGUAUUCAAGUAAUGAAUGUUGUAUAAACAAAAUACCAAAAUUGCCAAGUAUUACUGGUACAGUUUCCAUCAACUCUGUCAUCAGGUUAUAAAAAGUUAUUUUUUAUUGCACUUAUUUUGAUGUGUAGUUGAAGCACAUUGACACCAGGUGAUGACUUAUAUUAAGUUAUACCCAAGAAGUUUUACUCAAGAUUAUAUGGCUAGUCAAAAUUUUCUAAAAAAUGAGCCCAGAGUAUGACUUUCCUGAUGUACUGUACAGUACUUUAUUUUGUGUUCUUUGCUUAAUUGAGACUUCUGGUGUAUUUUGAUUUUUACUGAUAUUUCUAAUUUGCUUUUUAUUUUUUAUUCUGGAAUGACAUAUUGAUGUCCUCUUAUUCAACUGAAAUUAUUUAAUGAAUCAUAAUAACCAUUUGACCCCUUGUUUAAAUCAUGACCUAGCUGGCAUAUAAAUAUGCAGGUAUAUAAUAGCAGAAGUAUUCUGUAUAUAAUUUAUUUAUUUUAUAUUCAGAUUGUUUAUCAGAGAGAUGUCAAACUUAGCAGUGCAUUUAGAAUAUAUUUGAACUAAGAGAUCGAAAAGGCAUACCCCCGGAGUUUUAAUUACCCUCUUCCAUUGACGGGGGUCAUCAUGUUUCAACUAGAGUUUUAAAAAAAUUGAGUCACAAAAGACACUGCACGACAAUGCUUGACAAGGUGUGGCGGUGAAAUGAACUAAUUCCAAUAAAGUUAAUUUAUAAUAUUGGAAUUAGUUCAUUUUACUGCCAUACCUCCCCAUCAAGCGCUGGUGUGGUGUCUUCCGUGACUAAAAUUUUUUAAAACUGGUUGAAACAUGACCCCGUCAACGGAAGAGGGUGAUUAAAACUCCGGGCAUUACUCAUUACCAUACUGGUAAUGCUUCUCUCUCUUCUUGAAUUUAUUCUAAUAAACUGAAGAAAUGUGAACGAUACUUAAAUGUUGUGAUUGUACACCAACAUACUCAACACUUUGCUUGAAUCUUCUGCUUUUCUGGACGUUACUGGCGACACAGAAGGGUUGAUUCUCUUCUCUCGUAAACUCUGUGUUCGUUUAUGCUCUUUGAUGGUCAGUUUAGUUGGUGUUCAUACAAGAUCACUUGAUUGUUGGAUUAAUGUGGAGUUCAUGCAGCCCCACGAGACUGUUAUUUGUGACUGAAUUAUUUUGACUUGAAAAUCCCUGCUCAGCCUACACAGAAAUAUGCUCUGAUUUGUGGUUUGUUCAGUUAAUGGGAAUGUUUACAUGUGUCUGUGUGGCAUUUAUACAUAACCAUCUGUUUAUUGUUCUUCUUAUUGCUGUUAUUAUUAUUUUUAUUAUUAUUUACAGUGUUAUUAGUAUUUAGUCAAUAUUAUUGUUAUUUACAGUACAUUGGUAACCUACUUUAGGCCAUUGAGCUCAUCUUUAUUAUAAUUAUUUUUUUAUUUAAUUAUUACCAUCUGGUUGGUAUACAGUACAGUGUAUAUUUUUUUUUUACUUUUUGUUUAUAUCUGCCCACAUUUGCAUGCCAUUUAUUGUCUCGUGUGAAAAUUUUUUAUCAACAUUGUCCAAUUACGUACUAAUAUAUUUGCUCGAGUGAAUCUUUCCUUCUAAGAUGCUCGAUAAGCUACUCUGUAUGUGCUUAUAUUUAUAUACAAUAUAUAUAUAUAAUUUUUUUAUCAUUAUGCAUUACAGUUUUAUGGUCAUGUAUUAUAUUAACUGAUAUUUCACUUUCUAUAAUAUAACUCCACAAAUGAAGUAAAUGUCUUGAAAGUAGACUGAGUCGAUAAAAGCCAUUUAUGCAGCUUGGAAAGUAGACACUGAAUUGGUUGUUGAUCUUUGAGUCAUGGUUUUCAAUCAUGUGGGUGAAUGUGUUAGAGAAACUUAACAUUUUUGCAGUACUGUAGGUAGAAACUUGAGAUUAUUUACCAAAUAUUGUUUUGUAUAGACAUACAGUACUGUAAUUUGCAUUUGUUUUUUCUCUCCCUUUUCUCUCUUCACAUUGCUGUUAUUCUUUGGCCACAUGCAUAAGGUGAAAUUCUUGUGACCUUAUGUAGACUUUGCCAAGUGUCACCUCUGCUUGAAAUUUCAUGAGGCAUUUUGUAUGAUGUUUGCAAGUGAAGUUGUGUUUGUGUUCACCGUGCCCAUACAUUCGUAGAAGGCAUCAUCUCACUUUGUAUAUUCAUCUUUAGGCCUAUGCCUGUGACUUUCUGGUGUACAUAGUAUUGGCUAUAUACGUACGUUUACAUCUGCGCAGCUGUCCAGCCAUUCACUGUAACGCAUUUUGGAUUUUCACAAAAUUAAAUCUGCAGUGAAUUGCCAUUUUUAUGUGACUGUGUACUCUUUUGUUGACAGUUUUUUGGAGGGUUUGUUGGUCGUUAUCCACACACACUGUAUAAAUAUAUUUCAUCACAGUACAUUAUAGACAUUAUUGAUUGACUUCUUUAUGUAACUUCCUUCUGCUGUCCCCCAUUUGCAUCACCACCUAACCUCCAUGAGUAUUUUUUGUAGCACAUCAUCGUCACUAUCAUGCCCUUAUAACCCAGAGUCAUCAUAGUCACAGAGAACACUUGUAACCAUAACCUUAUCACAUUAACAAAAAAAAAGCAUCACAUUGUAUGCAUUGGUUCAUCAUUGUGCAUAAUGAGGAAUCAUAGUCACAUAAUCAGGUAUAUUGUCAUAGCAACAUACUCAUACAAGUCUGAGCAUAAUCAUCCUUAGUCAUUCUUAUCUUCGUGUACAGUGUCGUCACCGAUCAGUUUGGUUAUCGAUCAUCCACAUAAAUAGCGUCAUCAUCAAGUACCCCCAUUAACCAGGCAAGAAGUCACCGUCACAGCCUGCAGAAGAUAAUUCACUCUUCACCCGACAAAUUUCAUUGUCACUCCUGAUGUGUCUUUACUCUUCCCUUCGCUCCCAAACCUAGUCAUCUCUCAAAAUGCCUCCUCCGUAUACAUGUUCAGUUCAUUCGACACCAAAAUUAUCUUCAUUUGACCCAGCUAUCUCUCGAAACAUAGCAGUGAACCAUUUCCAUGUAAUCCCAUCCAAAUCCUCACUUGCAUAAUCUUUGGAACACUAGUGCUCUUCUUUGAACCUACACGUCAUGUAUUACACUUGUUAUGAAAACACACACACACACACUCUCUCUCUCUCUCUCUCUCUCUCUCUCUCUCUCUCUCUCUCUCUCUGCUAUCUCACCUAACUGUGCUUGCAUCAGAAUGUACUAUCCAUUCCCAUACCAGUAAUGUAGCUACACUUCAUCAAUCACUUGUACAACCACAUCUUUUUGUACCUGUGUAUAUUACCUGCAUCACUUUUGUGGGAUUUUCUUCUCUGAAGCUACUCAUCAUUGGACCUUUCACCAUCAGAUAUACAUGCAUCACUUAAUCAUCCCCUUCACUACCAAGCAGACAGAUAGACAGACACACUGCACCUCAUCAUUUCCUUUAUUACCAGACAGAGACAAACAGACACCAUACCUUGUCAUUUCACCUGUGCAUACUGUCACCCACCCACAAUACCACCUGGACACACGACCACCUCAUCUGACCCAGCCCACUAGUGUUCUCUUGGGCUGGUCCCUCUUAAGACAUACCAGGAGUAUGUUUGUAUCAACGUGAACCAAUUCAAAGUCAUAUUCACACAAACUACUUCAAAGUCAUAUCUCCAUAAACCAAUUCAGUCACAUACACAAACUGAUUCAAAGUCGUCUCGCCUGCCCCAGGUCUCACCACCCCAUGGUUUGUCUCCAGCUGACCCGCCGAGGUACAUUAUGUCUGUGCUAUUACGUUAAUGUCAUGUUUGUUGAUGUUGAGUGUUUUAAGAACCACCACCACUACCCCUUCAUAUUUUGUAGAGUAUGAGUCAGUAUGGAUCACUUAAAUAAAGACAUUUCAUGUA